UCGCACGGCAGCCGAGCCGUCUCCCCCUGUGCGAGAACGGCCAGCUGGCGGGGGCCGCUCAGGAGAGGGCCCGUGGGCUGAGCGGCUGCACGGCCCAGGCAAUGGGGCUGAUGCAGGCGCCACCUUCCCCACGGCCAGGGGGCUCCUCGCGCCGCGCUCUGUGACGUCCCCGGGAAGUCACUGUGGCCCCGCGGAGAGCACGGGCCUCGGGCCACUGGAGGCGCCCGCGCUGCAGCCGGGACCCGGACGCGUUCUCAGGUGCUCCGCUGAGAGCUAGUUCUGGCUCUUGAGUUGCUGAUGAGCACAAAGUAGAUAGAAUGAGUCAAAUGAGGGGUAAUGUGUCACCAAAUGGCAGUGAAGAGAAGAAACAGUUAUUCUUUCACAGUUGCAAAGUAUCAGAAUUGUUGUCAUCUCUUGCAAAUGUUGAAAAUGAACAACAGAAGCAUCAAUUGUUUUUGAAGGGAACACGUGUGUCUCUCUUCCAUACACUGCGUUCAAUAAUAAAAUCCAAUAACUGGAAGACUGCAGCAUAUAACAAGCAAAGCAUGUUACCUCCUGAGCCCACUACUAUGUUACACAAUUGGUCAGAAGAUGAUGUAGCAAAGAAGGAUGCUGAUUCACAAAGGACAACACUGAGAAUCCAAAACAGUUGUGUAUCCAUGCGUGUUAAGUGUCUGUCUAAAUCGAAGACAACAAAUUCUGCUGUAGAAGGAAACAAAAACACUGAUUGUGGUGCUCCACUGCCAGUGCAUAUGCUUCCUUAUGUGCUUUUAAUCAAAAAUUGUCUUCCUUUGUCAAUUUCUUCAAUCCAUUCCAAAUGUUGCAAAGCAGAGAUAUUAUGCAGGAUACUAUACUUUACGCUGAGACUCUGGAAAAAGAAAACACCGAAGCCUUCACCUCAGGAUCCUCCCAGUUCUGAAGAAACACAAUAUGUGAACUUCCUUAAUCUGAAGGAUCUGCAGUGGAAAUUCUAUAAAGGUAUUGUGAAAAGAAAACAGAAAGUGAGAGUUUUAUGGAGAGAAGCAAACUACAGACCUUUCAAGCCAUUCCAGGAAAAAAUCAGGAAUGAAGAAUACAUGCUCCCUUUGAUUCCUAAGAACUGGAUAAUUCAUGAUUCUCUUAAAUGAGUUUGUGCAAUGCAUAUCCUGUUUACAUCAAACAAAUGAUGACUAUAAAUGAAUGGAGAGUGACUGCAGUUCUUCAGAAAAUUUAAAUAAAAAUGUCAAGACAUUA